UUAAACAUAGAAGAAGAAGACGCAAGACAUGUGAUGACUGGUAUGAUAUUGAUGGAAGGAAGCUGUAGCCGAAAUGAACACGUUACGAACAACAUUUCUGCGCUUUUCGGGGACACAGAGUUUGUGUCGGAGUAAUGGCCCUCACUCUACCAUAUUCAGCUGCAGUCAGCUCCGCUCUAUCAGUUCCUUGGUUCUGUCAAGGACAGGAGCUGAGCAGAAACCUGUCCUGCAAGCAACCCUGAACACCAAAGCAGAGGGAGCUUGUGUUUUCCAGCAGCCACUCUGGCACUAUCAACAAGUCCGCACAGUCAAACGUGGGACAGAAUAUCAACCGAAGAACAUCAAACGAAAGAGGACCCAUGGGUGGAUCAAAAGAAUUAGCAGUCCAGGUGGGAUCGAAGUUAUCCUGCGCCGAAUGCUCAAAGGACGAAAGUCCCUCACGCAUUGAGACUCUGACCGGACAGUUGCUUUGAUAGACCUUUGAAGUGAAUCUCAGUUGAAUGUCAGCUGUGCAGUAGAGCUUUUGAGUUUCUAUUGAAAAUAGUUGUCAAAUUAAAGUGAUUAAUGCACAAUGGCGCCAAU